AUGGAAAAUAAUUUAACAAUAAAAAACCCUAAUCCAUUAUGUUCAAUAUGUAAUAUAAAAAAAUUUAUUUAUUCUUGUCCGAAAUGUAAAAAUAUAAAAUAUUGUUCAUUAAUAUGUUUUUCAAAACAUAAAGAACUUGUAAAUAAUCAUGAAACACCUAUAGAAAUAAAUAUAAAUAAAGAAGAAAAUAAAAAAGAUGAUACUAUAUUAGAUAAUGAUAUAAAAAUGAAUGAACCAAAGUUAUCAACAUCAGAAAUUGAAUUAAAAUCUAGUUCAGAUUCAUCAUCACCAUCAUCUGAAAAUGAAGAUGAGGAAGAAGGAGAUGAAGAGGAAGAGGAAGAAGAAGAAGAAGAAGAAGAAUCAGGAGAAGAAUCAGAAGAUGAAAAAGUUAAAAUUAGAAAAGAACCAAUUGAUAAUUCAAAAGUUAGUAGAUUUUCAGAAAGUUUAAAUUAUUUUAAAAAAGUUACAGAUGAACAAUUUCAAAAAUUAGAUAAUUCAAAAUAUAUAAAUAGUGUUAUCACUGUAAAAAGUUUACAACAAUUAAUAAUAGAAAUUGAUCAACAACCUUCAGAUCAAGAUAAAAUACAAUUAUUACAACAAUAUCGUAAAAAGUUACCUGAAUUUAAUGAAUUUAUUUUAAAAGUUUUAGCAACAAUUGGUUGUUUAGAUUCUUUAACAAUUGAUGAAAAUGAUAAUUUAAUUAAAAAAUAA